UUUUGGCAGUCAAUUAGUAUUUCCCUGCCAUUCUGUUUUGUGUAUCCGUACUAUCGGAGUAGCUGAAAUCGACGAGGAAGAUGGGAGAAGAAGCCCCUCCUGCUGUUGACAUCUAUCCCUCAUCAUCAUCGCCGCCUUUGCCUUCGCAAAACAAAGAGAAAGCAUGGCACUCUUACAUCUCAGAGGAUCUUCCUCGCACAGUACAAGAGUCUACUGACUCCGCCCUACGCUCUGCCCGUUUCAUCCAAUAUACUUCCUCCACCCACCUCCGCACUCUUCAGGUUUUCGGUAACCCUACCGUUGCUGGUACUAUCUUUCUGGCCUCUGUUGCUGUUACUGUACUAUUAUCUCUUUUCAUCUUCUUGAGCAGAGGGUUUAUCGAAAACAACUUCUCUGCCCCACCAGGGUUGUCCAAAAUCUGCUGGCGUUUGCCAUAUGAAGAAGUUUUCUUCGGGAAAAUUAAAGCUGAGUUGGUAACUGCGAGAGAGCACCCUGCUAUGGCUGGGGGAAUUGGUAUUGCUACUGGCCUCCUCCUCAUGCGAGGACCUAGAAGAUUUCUGUUUCGUCAAACACUGGGCCGUCUCCAGAGUGAAGAGGCUAAGUUUAGUAAAGCUGAGAAGAAUGUGAAAGAGUUGAGCCUGUCUGUUGAUUUAAUGAAAAAAGAGAGUAAAAAGCUGCUUGAAAGAGCGGCUCUCGCUGAAAAGGAUAUGAAACGUGGUCUGUCUGACCUCAUGGAUGCUGGAAAACAGAUCCAAAGUAUUGGAAAAACUGUCUACAAAGUUGAAGCUCAAGCUGCUGAUUUGAUGGAUGUGCUGCGGGAAAUUCCAGGUAGAGAGGCUUUAAAGCUACGAGCAGAGGUUGCUUCUAUGGCGUCGCAUCUGCGUCAACAAAGGACUGCAAUUGACAAAAGGAUUUUCAAGGUUUCUGAACUAGGUGUUCCUAUAUGAGGAGGAUUGCCAAUUUGGAGAAAAAUGCUUUAAGUCCGUUUGCACUGAUUGUGGUUACCUUAUAACUUAGGAUGAGUAUUGAGGAGGGCUUAUAUCAUAUGGAUGAACAGUUCAUCUGCCCCUCCCCCCUAAGGUGUGAUGGGCAAGUGGGAUUAGAGCUUUUUACAUUUUCUUGGUCAACAAAUUGUUUGAAAUUUAUGGAAAUCUUACUAGUCAGGAAAUGUGUAGCAAUAAGGUUUCUGCACCAUUUGGCCCUUGCAAGUGAAACCUUCCUGAAAUUUGGUGGAUGCACUGUCUCGUUCAGGAAUUCGAUAUAUUCAUUUUUUUAACUUCA